UUUCUUCAACAGCCUCGGUAGCUUACUAGCAAACAUACAACCGAAACAUUGAAGCUCUUUAUACCAUUUGUAUAUGAACCUCCGUGUUUUAAACACACUGUAUAUUUUUUUACUAGUUAAUCCAUUUAAUUUCAUAUUUACGUUGGCAGCUAUCUAGCUUGUUAAGUUAGCCCAGCACUAGGCUAUUAGCUAAUGCUAAAUAGCUAGCUAGCUCACAUCCCUGACAAUGAGCUCACUAAACUACUCUCCACCUGCUAAAGAAAAUGACGUCUGCUGGACGGAGAAAGAAGCUCCAGGGCUGAACAGUUACGUGAAAGAAGAAGAAGAAUUUACUGUAAAAGAAGAGGACGUGGAGGAAGCUAUCACAGUAAAUGAAGAACAGGAUGUUACAGUGAAAGAAGAGGAAGAAGCUUUCGGGGUGAAAGAGGGGGAUGAACAGAAAGAGGAGGGUGCCGUGUUUGUAGUGAAAGAGGAGGAGGAGGUGACUGUCACAGUGAAAGAAGAGGAGCAACUUUUUGAAAUGAAGGAAGAGGGGGAGAUUACUGUCACAUUGGAGGAGGAGGAGAAUGUAGAUCAGAUUACCACCAGAGAGAGUCUAGACUCUCACACUGACAGCGGGAAGAGUCCUUCAGGGGAACAAGACCCAGAGACGUCCAAACCAGCAAGAAGACACCACUGCUCCCAGUGUGGAAAGAGUUUUUCUAGGUUAGGAAGCCUGAAAUCACAUGAAAGAAUACACACAGGAGAGAAGCCCUACCAGUGCUCCCAGUGUGGAAAAAGAUUUUCUGCAUCCAGGGAUAUGAAAUCACAUGAGAGGACACACACAGGAGAGAAGCCCUAUCAAUGCUCCCAGUGUGGAACAAGAUUUUCUCAGUUAGGGCAUCUGCAAACUCAUAAUAGAAUACACACAGGAGAGAAGCCCUACCAGUGCUCCCAGUGUGGAAAAAGAUUUUCUGCAUACAGAAAUAUGAAAUCACAUGAGAGGACACACACAGGAGAGAAGCCCUAUCAAUGCUCUCUGUGUGGAACGAGAUUUUCUCAGUUAGGGCAUCUGCAAACUCAUAAGAGAAUACACACAGGAGAGAAGCCCUACCAAUGCUCCCAGUGUGGAAAGGGUUUUCGCUGGUCAGGGCAAUGGAAAAAGCAUGAGAAAAUACACACAGCAGAAAAGCCUUAACAUUGAUCUCAAUGUGAAAAGAGAUUUACCACUUCAAGGACCCUGAAAGAUUAUGUAUGAAAACAUACAGGAGAGAUGCCCUAACACUGCUCCCAGUGUGGAAAGAGUUUAACCACAUCAGGGUCCCUGAAAAACCAUGAGCAAACACAUUCCGUAGAAAAGCCUUUCCACUGUUCACAUUGCAAAAGGAGUUUUACGAAUUUAGAGUACCUGAAAAGGGAUGAGAAAAGACAUACACAAGAGAAGACUUUUCACUGCUCCCAGUGAAAUGGAAAGGAAUAUAAAACAUCACAUGGACUUAAAGUUCAUGAGAGAACACACAUACUGCUCCCACACUUGUCUCAUAUUUUUGACUGAGAAAUUGUGCUUUUGUUUAUGGCACUUGAAAUCAAAUGAUAUAAAGCACAAAUACAUUUUGUUUUUUUAUUUAAACACCUGAACUGAAGAUGGAGUAUGUUAGUUUGAAUGUAGAUACUGAUUAAAUUAUAGUUUUCAAACUC